AUGGUGUGUUUGAACAAUACGGUGAAAAAUGCUAAGCAAAUAGGCUGGUUCAGUGGUUUUGAAAUGGAUAGAAGGGCAAACAACAACACGGAAAUAACACACCUACAGUAUGUCGAUGACACAUUGAUAUUUCGUGAUGCCAGUGCUGACCAAUUGAAGUAUCUGAGGGUGAUUCUUGAACUAUUUGAAAGCGUGUCAGGGCUUCACAUUAACUGGAGAAAGAGUUCUAUAUACCCUAUAAAUAAUGUUACCAAUGUAGAGUUCCUAGCAUCAAUUCUGGAAGGUAAAGUGGGAGUUUUGCCUACUGUUUAUUUAGGCAUGCCUUUAGGGGCAAAAUCAAAGUCCAUGGAAAUUUGGAAUGAUGUUAUAGAAAAGUGUGAGGAGAAACUGUCUAGAUGGAAGUCUCAAUACUUGUCACUGGGAGGAAGAGUCACACUCAUCAACUCAGUGUUAGAUGCCCUACCUUCCUACAUGAUGACCCUCUUCCCUAUACCAAUUAGUGUUAUGAAAAAACUUGACAACAUCAGGAAAAAUCCUUUUUGUGGCAAGGGAACAAAGAAAAUAAAGGUUUUCAUCUAG